CUAAACUGCAAAGCGCCAUGGAUAAAUCAAAAUGGUCAACCAGAGCCCUAAUAGUUUCACUGUUUAUUAUCAUCAUAUCUCAUGAGUUGAUGAUCAUAUCCACAGUUGGAGAUGCAGGUGGUGAUGAUCAAGGUCCAAACGCUGUAGAAAGAAGCAUCAACUUUAAAACCCCUUUCCAAAAACUUACUUCUUUGAUCAAACUUGCUUGGGUUCAUUUCAGAAUCCCUGAUUCAGAAAGAAUUAAGGAAGGAGGAUCUAAUGCUAAAGCAGCAGGAGAUGUAGCGCAUGAGGCUGCCGAGAAGGUGAAGAGAACUAUCUCAUCCCAUCAUGAUGAACAAGAGAAGGAACUCUGAUUAUAUCUACGACUUAGUUACUUAAUUAGGCUUUGUAACUAAAUUAACAGCUUUAAGACUUCUUCAUGUGGAUGGAUUUUAUGUUUAUUAAUUCAGUCUUUUCUUUCAU